AAAGACGGCAGAGCUGCGUAAUCUCUCGGCCUGAACAUUGAAGAUUUGAUUUUAUUACGACUGGAUGUGUGUUAUAAACCCACUGAUGGAACACAGACAAAGAUUUGCUCAUUCAUGAACUGAGAAAAACAAAAUCUGUGACAGAAGAAAACUAAGGAACAAAGUAAAUGUAGUCAUGAAGGCCCAGAAGGGAUGGAGCUGCUUUGUGUUCCUUCUACUCCACACGACACACGUUGCCUGGACACAGAGGUUUCAAGUUGUUGCACCAUCUUCAGCUGUUCUUGUUUUUGCUGGUGAAGAUGUCACCCUACCUGCCUCACUCUCACCAGCUAUCAGUGCUCAGGGGUUUGAAGUGAGGUGGUUUCGAGAUGCUUUCUACUCUCCAGUACUUUUAUACCAAGACUUCCACAUUAGACCUGAGCGUCAGAUCCAGGCCUAUAAUGGAAGGACUGAACUUUUCCCAGAAGAGCUCCUGAAUGGAAACGUGUCUCUGAGACUCCAGGAUGUCCAUGUUUUUGAUGGUGGCCUCUACACAUGUUUUGUGGACUCUGGACCGUGGAAUGAGGAAGUUCACAUCACUCUGAAUGUUGAAGCUUUAGGUGAUCAGCCCUCCAUUUCCAUCAGCUCUACAAAGGACCAGCAGACCAGACUGGGGUGCAUGUCUGACAAGUGGAGCACCACACCAGAUGUGACCUGGAGGGACAUGAAUGGAGUGGAUGUGACAUCUGAGUCCAGUGUCACUGAUGACCGGGACAAUGAGGGAUUUCUCAGAGUCAGGAGCUACAUCCCCAUCAAGCAGGAGUUCAACGUGUUCUCCUGUCUCAUGAGAAGUAAAGUGCCAAAGCCUGACUGGCAUGCAGGCCUUUCCGUCUACGUUUUCUCCCCAGGAGUCUCAGGUUGGUUGGUGGUCUUCUGGUUAUCAUUGCUUCUGUAUGUGGCUGUGGCGGCUUGGCUGAUAUUUCAAUGGAGGAGAAUGACAGCCAUGAAGGUCCAGAAGGGAUGGAGCUGCUCUGUGUUCUUUCUGCUUCACAUGAUACACGUCGCCUGGACACAGAAGUUUGAUGUCAUUGGACCUUCUACUGACAUUUUUGCUCUUCUUGGUGAAGAUGUCACCUUACCUGUCUUACUCUCACCACCUCUCAAUGCUCAGGGAUUUGAGGUGACAUGGGUUCAAAAUGAAUUGCAAUCUCUGGUACUUUUAUACCAGGACUUCCAAAUUAAAAAUGAGUAUCAGAUGCAGGCCUUUAAGGGGAGGACUGCACUUUUCCCAGAAGAACUCAUGAGUGGAAACGUGUCUAUGAGACUCCAGGAUGUCCAUAUUUCUGACAGUGGUCUCUACAGAUGUUUGGUGGCCUCUGGACUAUGGAAUGAGGAGAGUCACCUCACUCUGAAUGUUGAAGUUGUGGGCACUCAGCCUUCCAUUUCCAUCAGCACUACAGAGGACCAGCAGACCAGACUGGAAUGCAGCUCUGAGAAGUGGAGCUCUCGACCUGAAGUGAUCUGGAGAGACAAGAACGGUGUAGACGUGACAUCACAGUCCACCUUAACAGUAAAAUGGGAUGAUGAGGGUCUCCUCAGGGUCAGCAGCAUCAUCUCCAUCAAGUGGGAGUUCAAUGUGUUCUCCUGUCUGAUGAGAAGUAACACAACCAGACCGGCCCAUCAAUCCAAAAUGGGGAUCUACGUUUUCUCCCCAAACAUCUCUGGCUGGUUGGUGGUCUUCUGGUUAUCGAUGGCUCUUUGUGUCACAGCGACUGUGCUGCUCAUAUUGAAAUGGCGAAGAAUGAGAGAUAAAAAAGCAACAUACAAGACCAAAGCAAUUGACAUUCUCCCUGUCUGGAACUUGCGCAAGGAAAUCGAGAUGACACAACACCCAGCUUUGACUCUGAAGUUUUCUAAAGUUAUUAAUGGAUUCUCACAUGAAGAUUUCCUCAAGAUCACGGAGUACUACAAGCCCCAGCUGGCCUAUGUGAUGAACUUUGACAUCAGCAGGGCCCUGCAGCUCCUGGUCAACAAGCGUAUCCUCACCAAUGAUGAGGCAAAGGUGGGAUGUUUCUCUGUUACUGGUUUAUACUGAUCUUUGGGCUCUCCCAUUACAUGUUG